AUGGAGGUAAAUUGUUUAACACUAAAAGACCUGAUCAACCCCAGGCAGUCCAGACUAGAUUUUGCAAUUGAAGAUGGGGAAAAUGCGCAAAAGGAAAAUAUAUUUGUUGAACGCUCAAGGAUGGCCCCGAAGACUCCAAUAAAAAAUGAACCAAUUGAUUUAUCAAAGCAAAAAAUCUUCACUCCAGAAAGAAAUCCCAUUACUCCAGUUAAGCUUGUUGACAGACAGCAGGCAGAACCAUGGACCCCCACAGCUAACCUGAAGAUGCUCAUUAGCGCCGCCAGCCCGGACAUAAGAGACCGGGAGAAGAAAAAGGGACUGUUCAGACCCAUUGAAAACAAGGAUGAUGCCUUUACAGACUCUCUGCAGCUUGAUGUGGUUGGGGACAGUGCUGUGGACGAAUUUGAAAAGCAAAGGCCAAGCAGAAAACAGAAAAGUCUAGGACUCCUGUGCCAGAAGUUUCUAGCUCGCUAUCCAAGUUAUCCCUUGUCAACUGAGAAAACAACCAUCUCCCUAGAUGAAGUUGCUGUCAGUCUUGGCGUUGAAAGGAGACGUAUCUAUGACAUUGUAAAUGUGCUGGAAUCGCUGCAUCUGGUCAGCCGGGUGGCCAAGAAUCAAUAUGGCUGGCAUGGCCGGCACAGCCUGCCAAAAACCCUGAGGAGCCUCCAGAGACUGGGAGAGGAGCAGAAAUAUGAAGAACAGAUGGCACAUCUCCAGCAGAAGGAGCUAGAUCUGAUGGAUUAUAAACUUGGAGAACGUAAAAAAGACAGCUAUCCAGAAUCUCAAGAUCCACAGUUACUGGAUUUCUCGGAACCCGACUAUCCCUCUUCAUCUGCAAACAGUAGAAAAGACAAGUCUCUGAGAAUUAUGAGCCAGAAGUUUGUCAUGCUGUUCCUCGUCUCCAAAACCAAGAUUGUUACUCUUGAUGUGGCUGCCAAAAUACUGAUAGAAGAAAGCCAGGAUACCCCGGACCAUAGUAAAUUUAAAACAAAGGUACGACGCCUCUAUGACAUAGCCAAUGUUCUGACCAGCUUGGCUCUAAUAAAGAAAGUGCAUGUAACAGAAGAGAGAGGCCGUAAACCAGCCUUCAAAUGGAUCGGGCCUGUGGACUUCAGUUCCAGUGAUGAAGAACUAGUGGAUGUUUCUGCAUCUGUCUUACCAGAAUUGAAAAGGGAAACAUAUGGCCAGAUUCAAGUCUGUGCAAAACAGAGGCUGGCUCGACAUGGUUCUUUCAGCACAGUUCAGGCUUCUGAGAGGAUCCAGAGGAAAGUGAACUCAGAACCCAGCAGCCCUUAUAAAGAAGAACAAGGAUCAAGUGGCUACUCCUUCGAAAUUGGAAGUCUGGCAGCUGUUUACCAACAGAAGAUAGAAGACAGUUCACAGAGGAAAGCCUUUGCCAGUAAGAGAGCGAUGCCGCCGUCAAGCAGCCUGGACCCUGCUGCUCCUUUCCCUGGCCUGUCUGUUGACUCAGAAUAUUGUGCUACUCCUUUAGCACACCAAGUCUUUUCUGCGGCCCAAACGGACCUGCAUGCCUUCCCCGUGCAGAACAGUCUGACUGGACAAGUGGGUGCCUCACCAGCUUCUGCAGCCUCGGAUGUGGAGAGCCUGAAACCAGCCCUGCUGGCCAGCCAGCCCGUGGUGUACGUGCCCUCCACCUCACUGUUCAUGCUGUAUGGGAGCCUGCAGGAGGGACCAUCCCCGGGGUCCGAGAGGGACAGCAGAAGCGCGGAAGUCUCAGCAGCAAAGCAGCCGUCCACACCCUCAGUUCCGAAGCGCCUCGGGGAGGAGAGGAAGCCUCAGGAGGAGGAGCCAGCCACUAAAAGACAGAGCAGGGACUACGAAGACAGCCCUCUAGCUCUUGUCAUGCCCAAGAAACCCUCAGAGUCCACAGACCUUGCCUCCCCCAAGACCCUGGGUAACAGCGGCUCAGUGCCCCUCGAAGACAUUCACAGGGAGGCCCAAGUCUCGGCUGCAGAGGAGGCUUCAGGAAAGGCCACGGUCAACUGCUUCAUUUCUUCUGAGUGGGGAAAUCCUUCGAGAGACACAGAGAUAGAAAAGUCUUCAAAAGAAAAUGAAAGCACCAAAGAGCCCUCCUUGCUGCAGUACCUUUAUGUGCAGUCGCCAGCUGGAUUAAAUGGUUUCAAUGUGCUCUUAUCUGGCAGUCAGAACCCCCAUGCCGUGGGACCCCCUUCAGGUCAGCUGCCAUCCCUCAGCAUUCCUUGCAUGGUCUUACCAUCUCCGACGCUGGGCCCUUUCCCCGUUCUCUAUUCUCCCACUAUGCCCAGGCCACUUUCCUCUGCCCCUGGUGCUCUCCCAAAUGCGGGACCUGUGAAUUUUGGCUUGCCUGGCCUUGGAUCAACAGCUCAUCUUCUCAUCGGCCCUGCAAACAUGGUUAAUCCAAAAUCAUCAGCACUCCCCUCCGCAGACCCUCAGCUUCAGGGUGCCCACUCACUUAAUCUGAGUCCAGAGAUGCCAAGAUCACACAACAUCAUCCAGCCUGAAUCCCCUGCGUAUGCGGGGCAUCCUGUCUCCGUAGUAAAAUUACAACAGUCCCCCGUUCCUGGGACCCCCAAGAGCAUCCGAUGCACACAUCGUGAGACAUUUUUCAAGACACCUGGCAGCCUCGGAGACCCCGUCCUUAGGAGAAGAGAAAGGAAUCCGACACGAAACACCAGCUCAGCGCAGAGGAGACUGGAAAUCCCCAGCAGCGAGGCUGACUAA